CGUCCGGGGAUCCCGGUAAUUAAGCACCUGUUCAAGGCGUGCGGCGCUCGUCUCGACGCCUCGAAGGAGUAGAGCGGAAGACGUCGAGGUGAGCGGGAGGGAGGUUAAAGACCCCAGAAGAAACAUUACGCGGAUGGACGAGAGAUGGGAACGGUAUUGCCGAAAGAGGAAUAAAAAAUUACAGGGCGCUACCAGAUUCCUUGUGGGCGAACCCUGCUUCGGCUCUUCGCGAAGCAAGGAAAAAGGAGUUGACUCUGUUCCUUUGUUGGUGCCUAUGUUUGCGGCGAGGGAAGAAUGGCCGGAAGCUAAAGGGUAUCAAGAAAUUCAAGUCUUUGGAUACCGAUUGGAAGUCAUUCCUCCGUCACUAUAAAAAAGUUACCAGGGAACCCAUGGAUGAUGCGCUCGGAAGGCGAAUUAGAAAGAGUAUUCGCAGGAUUGCAAGGGAGCAUG